AAACAUGGUAUUAUAAAUAUAGCACUAAAUAAGGUCCAAGCUCCAAAGUCAAUUUAUAUUCAUUCAUCUCCCUCAAUCUAUCUUCAUUUAUGUUAAUUCUUGUUUCUUAGUAACACAAUGGGUAAUCAACUUUGCAAAAGAGGAAAAUUAAGAUGGAAGAGAAAGCCAAUGGGUUUUGUUCAUCAUCAAACUUUACCCUCUCACAUUGGGAUAAAAAGUGUGGAUGUGGAUAAGGCUUGUAACUUUUCUACCACUUCAAAUCUAUGUGUUUCCAUAGUUACUUGGAAUAUGAAUGGCCAGGUUUCUUUUGAAGAUUUAUCAGAGAUGAUUGGUAGCAACCGUGAUUUUGACCUUCUAGCUGUUGGAUUGCAAGAAGCUCCAGGAAACAAAGUUGCAACUAUGCUUUCGGAAGCUUUGGAUGAAAGUCACGUACUGAUAGGUAAAGUUACCUUGCAGUCUUUGCAGUUGUACUUGUUUGGACCAAAGAAUGCAGGGUCAUUCAUUCAAGAAUUGAAAGUGGACAAACAAUCUAUUGGGGGAUGUGGAGGAAUAAUUGGAAGAAAGAAAGGAGCUGUAGCAAUUCGAAUUAACUACAAAGGCAUACGUUUACUGUUCAUCUCAUGCCACCUCUCUGCUCAUGGUCGCAAUGUGGAAGAAAGAAAUUAUGAAUGCAGGCAUAUAUCGCACUCACUCUUCUCAAAAAUUUGGAAUCCAUAUUCUAGACCGUCUCAUUUGACUGUUUGGUUAGGAGAUCUAAACUAUAGACUUCAAGGGAUCCAUACAAAUCCCGCCAGGGACCUAAUAGAGAAAAACCUUCAUAAGAAGCUGCAUGGCCAUGAUCAGCUCUUACAACAAGCUGAAGAAGGACAAAUUUUCAAUGGAUUUUGUGAAGGAACAUUGACAUUCAAGCCAACAUAUAAGUAUAAUAAAGGAACUAGCAAUUAUGAUACAAGUUAUAAGGUUCGAGUACCAGCAUGGACAGAUCGCAUACUGUUCAAGAUAGAAGACACAGACAACAUUGAAGCAACACUACAUUCGUACGAGUCGAUGGAUCAAAUAUACGGUUCGGAUCAUAAGCCAGUAAAAGCACACAUCUGCUUAAGACUUCGUCAACUUCAAACCGAAUCCAACUCGUUAACUAAUAUUUGAUUCUUUAUGGUACUAUAUGUUAUAUUAAUAUUAAUUUGUAAAUUGGUAUUCUUUAUAUUAUAUAUAGUCGGUCAAAUACGGAAAUAAAAACAAAGGAGAAUGCUAAUUUGUGAAUGCAGUUGGCCGUAUGAUGGAGACAUAUGAGUCUUGGUCGGUUUAUUGAGUAGUAAUGACUUGCGGGGUGUUCUUACUGAAUUUAUGAAUGCGAUUUAUUCCAA